AUGAGUUUCGCCGCCUUUGUCGCGCUCCUCCAGCGCCCGCAAUUCGACAGCAUCUUCCACCGCGCCGCCGCCGCCGCCUCGGACCCGCGCUUCCCCCCUUUCCUGCGCUGGUCCGCCUCGUCCGGGCCGCACUUCACCACGGCGCACGGGGAGCGGUGUCCGGCCCCCGCCGAGGCCGUCAUCCUCUACGUCGUCGCCGGCCUCACGCUCAGCCUCGCCGCCGGGUACCUUGUCCGCGCGCGGCUCGUGCGCGAGCUGCUCCCGUCCUGGCUGCGCCCGUUUGCCGCCGAGCCCGGCCCCGCCGCCGCCGACGACGACCUCGACCCGUUCCAGCCCAAGCGGUGGACGCACUGGACGCUGCUGCUCUGCCUGCUCGCGCUGUUUGGCUUCUUCCUGGCGCUCGUGCCCGUGAUCCUGGAGCCGGCGCGGACGCUCAACCUGUUCGAGACGGUGCCGUGGGCGGCCGUCGUCGUCGUCACCGUCGCGGACCGGCCCACGAGCACGCCGCGCGUGCUGCUCGCGCAGUACGCCCUCGUGCUCGCCGCCAGCGCCGCCGUCUACUCGCUGCACUUCCUCGACCACGACCUGCUCUACGUCGAGCCCACGCAGCUCGUCCGCGUGUGCCUCGCCGCGCUCGCGCUCGGCUGCAUCGUCGCCAUGCCCCUCCGCGACCCGGCCUGGGACGUGGCCAACAUCGGCUCCGCCAAGCGCCCGCCCUCGUCGCUCCUCCGCAGCCCCGAGGACAACCUCAGCCUGCUGCGCUUCUGGACCAUGAGCUGGGUCGGCCCGCUGGCCGCGCUCUGCCGCACACGCGAAAUCACCGUCGACGACGUCUGGCAGCUGCCGUACGACUUCCAGCACACCCGCCUCUACAUGGCCUUUCGCGAGGUCAAGGGCCGCCUGCUCUCGUGCCUCAUCGAGGCCAACGGGCUGGACCUUGCCAUCUCCACCUCGCUCGCCAUCGUCGAAAAGGUCCUCGAGGUGUCCACCAUUCGCCUCACCAGCAAGCUCUAUCGCGCGCUCGACAAGGGCGACCCGAAAGUGGCUGUGUACUGGUCCCUCGUCAUGCUCGGCCUCGACGCCAUCCGCCAGGUCGCCAAGACGACAGCCAACUGGUACUCCCGCAAGGCUUAUGAGCGCUCUCGCGGCGAGACCUUUAUCGGCCUCUUUGGCAAGCUCCUCACCCGUGCCGUGCCCGGCUCCGACACGACCGAAAAGGGGCCCCAGGACGCAACCCGGCCCUCCUCCUCCUCCUCCUCCUUCUCCGAACCGCAAACCACCAUGCAACGCUUCAUCUCGCGCAUCUGCGGCCGCAACAAGAAGAAAGCCGCCGCCGCCGCCGCCCCGUCGCCGCCACAGCCGGCCUCCAACGCCAAGGUCGUCAACCUCGUGCGCGGCGACACGUACGAAAUCUCGCAGCGCUUCUGGGACUUUCAAAAGCUCGUGUCGCAGCCCAUCAAGAUCCUCUUCACCAUGUACUACCUCGUCGACGUCAUGGGCUGGCCGUCGACGGUCGGCUUCGCGCUCAUGGCGCUGUUCCUGACGGGCAACACGCUCCUCGUCCGGCAGCUCCUGGCGCUCGAGCGGCAGCGCACCGCGCACUCGGACAAGCGCGCGCAGGCCGUGUCGCACUUUGUCGAGGCCAGCCGGCCGCUCAAGCUCAACGGGUGGACCAAGUCGUGGAGCGACCGCAUCAUGACCUUUCGCGCCCGCGAAAUGGCCAAGCGCCUGCAGAUGGCCCUUGUCACGGCCGCCAUCGCCACGCUCAACGUCGCCGGCGGCACCUCGUACCCGCUCGCCAGCAUCGCCCUCUUCACCCUCGCCCUCGGCCGCGGGCUCCCCAACGACGUCAUCUGGCCCUCGCUGCAGCUCUUUGCCCAGCUCGAGGCCAGCGUCAAGGAGGCCUUUGACCUCAUCGCUGCCUUCUGGAAGACGACCAUUCCCGUCGAGCGCGUCCACGCCUACAUGGACGAGCCGGACCGCGAUAUCGCCGCUGCCGUCACCCCCGGCGCCACCACCAUCGCCUUUGAGCACGCCUCCUUUGCCUGGCCCUCGACCGACCUGCCCGUCCUGCGCGACCUGCACUUCACCAUCCACCCGGGCCUCACCAUCAUCCGCGGCAAGGUCGGCGCCGGCAAAUCCAGCCUGCUCCUCGCCGCGCUCAGCGAGAUGGAGCGCCGCGCCGGCCGCCUCACCCGCCCGGACGAGCCCAUCGGCUACGCGCAGCAGCUGCCCUGGCUGCAGAACAAGACGAUUCGCGAAAACAUUGUCUUCCAGCACCCCUUUGACGCCCACCGCUACCGCCAGGUGCUCCACGCCUGCGCGCUCGCGCCCGACCUCGCCGCCUUCCCCGCCGGCGACAUGACCAAGCUCGAAGAGGGCGGAGUCGGGCUCUCAGGCGGCCAAAAGGCGCGCGUUGCCCUCGCCCGCGCCGUGUACGCCCCGUGCCGCGUACUCCUCCUCGACGACCCCCUCGCGGCGCUCGACCACGACACCGCCACGGCCAUUGUCCGGCGCUUCCUCCAGGGGCCGCUCGCCAAGGACCGCAUGAUUGUCCUGGUGACGCACCGCGACGACCUCGUCCUGCGCAUCGCCGACACCGUCAUCGACGUCGACCACGGCACCGCGCGCGUCCUCUCCGCAGCCGAAAUCACCGAGGAGCUGGCCCAUCCGUACCACGCCCCAUCCGACGACGCGGCCCACGACGACGCGGACCAUUCCGCCGCCGCCGCCGCCGCCCACGAGGAGCUCCUCGCCCACGGCAGCGUCGACCCCGAAGACCCUUCCGCAACAGGCAGCGUCUCGUGGACCGUGUACCUCAAGUACAUGCAGGCCGGCGGCUGGCCCCUCUGGGUGCUGCUGGCCGCGGCGUACGGCGUGUCCCGGUUCUGCGACAUUUCGCGCGCGCGGCUCCUCGAGGAAUGGGGCAAGGACACGGCCCGCACGCUGGCUGGCGGCGCGCACUCUGCGCACCGGUCCCACGGCUACUGGGGCCUGCCCGACGCCGACGCGCACCCCGGCGCGUGGCUCUACGCGCUCGGCUACCUCUCGGCCGGGCAGAUCCUCAGCUACGGCGGCGCGCAGCUGCUCCUCGCGCACAUCAGCGUCAACGCGGCGCAGGGCCUGUUCCGCGCCGCCAUCGACAAGGUCAGCCGGGCGACGUUUCGGUACCACGACACGACGCCGACGGGGCAGCUCAAGAACCGGCUCAUCGCCGACAUGUCCAUGGUGGACGGCGGCAUCCUGCAGCCGCUCGAGUCGUUUGUCUUCCAGCUCAUCUCGCUCGCCAUGGCGCUCGUCGCCGUGGCCACGCACCAGCCGGUGCUCCUCGGCGUGCUCGGCGGCGUGUCGCUCCUCUUUGUGUACUUCUUCCGGCUGUACGUGCCCGUGUCGCGCUCGCUGCGGCGGCUCGAGAUGCGCUACCUGACGCCCAUCAUCGCCAACAUUGGCGUGAUGCAGGACGGCCUCGUGACGGUGCGCGCCAUGCGCGGCGAGGCGCGCUUCCAGCGGCGCCACCUCGAGGCCGUCGACGACUUCCAGAAGCAGGACCACUUCUUCUGGAGCAUGGCCUUUUGGCUCGACUUCCGGCUGUCCAUGACGUCGGCGGCGAUGCGCGCCGCGCUCGUCGCCGUCAUGGUCGCGCUCGGCACCGCCGCCGCCGCCGUCGGCUUCGUGCUCACCCAGACCACCAUUGCCAUGGCCGCCGUGCAGCAGCUGUGCGAGCGCUUCGCCCAGCUGCAGCUCGACGCCGUGAGCCUCGAGCGCGUGCACAUGCUCAACGCGAUCCCGGCCGAGCCCGAGGGCGGCGCGCAGCCGCCGCACGACUGGCCCGCGCCGGGCGACGCCGUCGUCUUCACCGACAUGUCCUUCCGGUACGACGACGGCCUGCCGGCGGUGCUCGACCGCAUCACGCUGCGCAUCCCGGGCGGGUCGACGUGCGCGGUGCUCGGGCGCACCGGCUCCGGCAAGUCGACCAUUGCCAACGCGCUGCUCGCGACGCAGGCGGCGUCGCACGGCACGCUGACGAUUGGCGGCGUCGACGUGGCCACGGUCGACCGCACCGUGCUCCGCCAGCGCGUCACGUUUAUCCAGCAGGACCCGACGCUGUUCCCCGGCACGCUGCGGGACAACCUGGACCCCCGAGGGGCGGUUCUCGGACGCGGCGUGCGCGGCCGCCAUCCACCGCGUGCUCGGCCCCGCGGUCAGCGCCAGCUCGUGGGCAUCGGGCGCGCCGUGCUGCGCCGCUCGGGGCUCGUCAUCCUGGACGAGGCCACGGCGAGCAUUGAUCGGGCUACGGCGGCGGUCGUGCAGCGCGUGCUCAGGGAGGAGCUCGCCAGCAGCACGGUCAUUACGAUUGCACAUAGAUUGGAGGCCGUCGAGGAUGCAAACUGGUGCGUGCGGCUCGAGAGGGGCCGCGUGCUCGAGUGCGGCCCGGCUAGAGACCUGGCGACAAGCGGGAAGUAA